UAAAAUUGGUUAAACAACAGCGAUAAAAUUAUUUAUAACGUCUUACAUAAGCUGCGCGUUUCCAAAACUGUCAAAAAUCGCUCAACAAUUUCAAAAUGUCGGCGUCCACCGUUUUAUUUUUGGCUAUUCUUCUCUGCCCAUUUUUCGUUGAUAACGUUGAUUCUGCGUCAUGCUAUGACCCCUACGUCACCAUAAAGUGGUCACAUAACGGCAUGGUCCUGGAUGCUAGCGAAGAAAUAGUCCACCUGAGGAAUGUAACUCAAACUGCUGGGCAGCUGUGGAAGUUGAGGCACCGUUGCGAUGGAACCUUUUACAUUUUUAACAGUAGAAAUGGGUGCGGCUUAGCCAUAAGGGACACCGAAUUAGUCACAUCGUGUUCAUAUAAGAGCGAGAGUUACUAUUGGUACAUUAACUGGGAUGGUUCGAUAGUUAACUUUAGUGGUGCAAAAAUGGCCAUCGAUGUGGCAGAAGAACACAGAGUUCUAGCAGCAGAGAAAGACGGUAGUCCUAGUCAGAAAUUCGAAUUUAGUUGCGUUUGUUGCCCAUAUUGCUUCAUGUUUGGUUCCUCGUGUUGUUAAUUAUGUAUAGAUGCAGAAUAAAGAUCACAAGGUUGAGAGAUAAAAAUGAAAUAAAUCUUACAAAUGCAA